AGUCUGCCAUCAUGGCGAUAGGUUUUCUGGUUUGUGCAGCAUGGUAUUAUACUAUCUUAGCAGGUUUUUACGUUCUUUAUUGUCCAGUUAUGUAUUUAAUGUUUAUAAAACACAAAUUUUAUAGAAAUGUAGUUGAUGUACUGUUCUCGCUGUGGGAGUUAUAUCCAGUGGCAUUAUUUCAAUGGUGCUGUAACACGGAACUACAUCAUUAUGGUGAUCAUGUGAAUCCAGAUGAAACGACUAUUAUUGUAAUGAAUCAUCGCACAAGAGUGGAUUGGAAUUAUGUGUGGAUAGCAUUGUAUCACGCGACACAAAGACGUACGAUAUUUCUGGACUGCACUUGCAAAGAAAAGAAUAACCAGAUUAAGUCUGAAUUGAGGAGAGAAGUACUAGAUGUAGUGACUGGAGGAAAAUCUAAAAUAAAAUUCGUUUUGAAAGACGAAAUCAAAGCUAUUCCAGGAAUAGGUUGGAUAAUGCAGCUAAAUUACUUUUUGUACUUGAAAAGGAAUUGGCAGGAAGAUGAAGUAAAUAUUACACAGUUCAUAGAUUAUUACAAAAGACUUCGAUAUCAUCAAAGGGUGGUAUUAUUUCCGGAAGGGACUGAUUUGAGCGAAGACAAUAAACGUCGCAGCGAAAAAUUUGCUUUAUCUCGACACUUACCGAAUUUUGAGUUUGUUUUGCAUCCUCGCACAACUGGCUGGGCAGUACUAUGUUCUCGUCUCCGGCAUUCCAGACUUGCUUCGGUAUAUGACGUCACUGUUGCUUACGACGUGCCCGCGCAAACUGAAAUGGAUUUAUUACACGGAAAAAUUCCCAAACAUGUUCAUUUUCACAUCAAACGGUACGACAUUGAAGAUUUGCCAUAUGAAGAGGAAGAAUUGAGGACGUGGCUCCAAGAUCGUUGGAAGGAAAAAAAUACUAGUCUGGAGAGUUUUCAUAAGGGCGGUUCUUUCAUUGACUUCUCAUCGAAUAGUGCACCACAGAGAAGAGAACCUCGUUCCUUAAUAAUUGCUAAAUUAGCAUUUGUAUUUUGGACCAUAAUAGACUUUUUAUUUAUUUACUGGCUUUAUUAUAGCGUGUUAUUCAAAUUUUGGGUUAUUUAUCACACGUUAUUGUACAUUUUUGUUACAAAAUAUUUUGGCGGUUUUCAUAAUAUUCAGUAUAAAAUCCUUGAGAAAACAAAUAUUAGCUAGAUAUUAGUAAAACAGAGUCGAGGUGUAGGAAUUUUUGUUAUGGACGUUAGAUUAUUACCAGCUAUCUUACCUAUGUAUUUUGUUAGAUAAGGUUGCUAAUAUAUAUUAAAAAUUUAAUGUGUCGAACAAGCUCGUUUGUCUUUGUUUAGAAUUGAAAAAAUGCUAUGUUCGUAGUUAUUCAUAAACACUAAAGUGACAAUAAUGUAUGUAAUGAAAUAAAGUUAAUGAAUAAA